AAAAACGUACAAAAAAGAUGUCUCAUCUCCUGAGCAGUAUUCUUACCAUUAUUGAUGUUUACUACCAGUACACCAACAAAGAUCAAGAUUGUAGCACAUUGUGCAAAAGGGAGUUGAAGGAACUUCUGGAAAAGGAGUUUCGACCAAUUUUGAAGAAUCCAGAUGAUCCUGACACUGUGGAAGUAUUCAUGCACAUGCUUGAUCGAGACCAUGACAGGAAAGUGGAUUUUAUUGAAUUUCUUCUGAUGAUAUUCAAACUGACUAUGGCCUGCAACCAGUCUGUUGGAAAAGAAUACUGCCAAGCUUCAGGGUCACAUAAAAAACAUUCUAGUCACCAUCACCAAGAAGAACAGAGUGAAAGUGAAGAGGAAGAAGAAGAUGAUUCUAGUAAUUCAAGUCGGAGUGCAGGAGAAAAACCCAAAUCCCAUACUGGGCAAUCACAGAAGACCAGAAAAGUAAGGCACAGAUCCAAGUCCAGUUCUCCAGGAAAUGGGAAACUCAGUCACUCAUCGAGUCCAGGACAUAGUGACAUCCAUGAGAGAAGACACCAUUCAUCAAGAUUACGUCACCCCAAAGGAAGUGAGAAAAAAAGAAACGGGUCCAGUUCAAGUGAUCUGGAGGAAAAAAGACAUAAGUCAAAUAUUAGCCCCUCCAGGGAAUAUGGAGGAGAAGAACAUGAACUUGCCUCUGAGUGGUUAGUGAGUGAGGGAAGAAAAAGAUUUGCUUCUAGUUCAGGAGUCUUAUCCUGCAAGGUUAAGAGCAAAGGACAGAAGUCUAAUACUAACCAGUCAGAAGAGUGUAGAGAACAAAGACAAAGACACCAGUCUUGCCAAACAGGAAGCUAUAAACAAGCCUCCGGUCAAUCAGAUGGAUGUGGAAGACAAAGAAGAUGUUCGGAAAACUGUGAGGGAAAAGGACAAAAGACAAGUGGUCAGUCACAAAGUUGUGGAGGACAAGAACAUUGGUCCUAUUCAUGUCAGUCUAGCUGUGGACAACAAAGGUCUGGCUCAGGUCAGUCCUCUAGCUAUGGACAACAAAGGUCUGGUUCACAUCAGUCUUCCAGCAGCAGCCCAUGUAGAACAGGCUCAGAUCAGUCAUCCAGCUGUGGACACCAAAGGUCUUGCUCACAUCAGUCCUCCAGCAGUGGUCAAUGUGGAUCAGGCUCAGGUCAAUCUUCCAGCUCUGGACAAAAAAGGUCUGGUUCACAUCAGUCCUCCAGCAGUGGCCAAGGUGGGGCAGGAUCAGGUCAGUCUUCCAACAUUGGGCAACAUGGGUCAAGCUCAAAUCAGUCCUCCAUCAAAGGACAAGGUAGGUCAGGCUCAGGUCAGUCCUCUACUUCUCAACAACAUGGCAUGGGAUCUGGGCAGUCCUCCAGAUAUGACCAACAUAAGUCUGGUUCAAGUCAGUCCCCCAGCUAUGGAAAUUAUGGGUCUCACUCAGGACAGUCUUCUAGUUCACACCAUCAUGGGUCAGGAUCAGGAAAUUCCUCAAAUUAUGGGGAGGGGAGAACAGCUCAAGGACACAAUAAUAGCAAUACAAAACAGGGAUCUGGUGAAUGUUAUUGCCCUUGCCCUUGUGCACAGGAAUCAGAUACAGGUGGGUCCUCUAGCUCCAAUUAUCAGAGAGAGGGAUCAGAUAGGAAUUCAGUAUCUGAUAGUAAACAGAGAAUUAGUAGACAUGAAUCUGACUCUGAACACUCAGUGUCUCCUCAACGAGAGUCAACAGAUUCUAGGUCCAGGGGAAGACAGGGAGUAGGCAGCAGACAAGAACAGGACUCUUCCAGACAUGGACGGUCUGGGCAAAGCCAGUCCUCUGACUCUAGAUCAAGGGAAAGAGAGGAAUCAGGCAGGAGGCAAGAACGUGACUCUUCUAGGCAUGGAGUGUCUGGUCAAAGACAAUCCACGGAUUCUAGCUCAAGGCAAAGAGAAGGAAGGAGAAGACAGGAACAAGACUCUGGACACUCAGUGUCUGGUCAACGGGAGUCCACAGAUUCCAGGACCAGGGGAAGACAGCGAGUAGGCAGCAGACAGGAACAGGACUCUUCCAGACAUGGACGGUCUGGGCAAAGCCAGUCCUCUGACUCUAGAUCAAGGGAAAGAGAGGAAUCAGGCAGGAGGCAAGAACGUGACUCUUCUAGGCAGGGAGUGUCUGGUCAAAGGCAAUCCACGGAUUCUAGCUCAAGGCAAAGAUCAGGAACUAGUAGACAAGACCAUGACUCUAGACAAUCAGUGUCUGGUCAUCGAGAGUCCACAGAUUCUAGGUCAAGAGGAAGACAGGGAGUAGGCAGCAGACAAGAACAGGAUGCUUCCAGACAUGGAAGGUCUGGACAAAGCCAGUCUUCUGACUCUAGGUCAAGGGAAAGAGAGGAAUCAGGCAGGAGGCAAGAACGUGACUCUUCUAGGCAGGGAGUGUCUGGUCAAAGGCAAUCCACGGAUUCUAGCUCAAGGCAAAGAGAAGGAAGGGGCAGACAGGAACAAGACUCUGGACACUCAGUGUCUGGUCAACGGGAGUCCACAGAUUCCAGGUCCAGGGGAAGACAGGGAGUAGGCAGCAGACAAGAACAGGACUCUUCCAGACAUGGACGGUCUGGGCAAAGCCAGUCCUCUGACUCUAGAUCAAGGGAAAGAGGGGAAUCAGGCAGGAGGCAAGAACGUGACUCUUCUAGGCAGGGAGUUUCUGGUCAAAGGCAAUCCACGGAUUCUAGCUCAAGGCGAAGAGAAGGAAGGGGCAGACAGGAACAAGACUCUGGACAAUCAGUGUCUGGUCAACGGGAGUCCACAGAUUCCAGGUCCAGGGGAAGACAGGGAGUAGGCAGCAGACAAGAACAGGACUCUUCCAGACAUGGACGGUCUGGGCAAAGCCAGUCCUCUGACUCUAGAUCAAGGGAAAGAGGGGAAUCAGGCAGGAGGCAAGAACGUGACUCUUCUAGGCAGGGAGUUUCUGGUCAAAGACAAUCCACGGGUUCUAGCUCAAGGCAAAGAGAAGGAAGGGGCAGACAGGAACAAGACUCUGGACAAUCAGUGUCUGGUCAACAGAAGUCCACAGAUUCCAGGUCCAGGGGAAGACAGGGAGUAGGCAGCAGACAAGAACAGGACUCUUCCAGACAUGGACGGUCUGGGCAAAGCCAGUCCUCUGACUCUAGAUCAAGGGAAAGAGGGGAAUCAGGCAGGAGGCAAGAACGUGACUCUUCUAGGCAGGGAGUUUCUGGUCAAAGACAAUCCACGGGUUCUAGCUCAAGGCAAAGAGAAGGAAGGGGCAGACAGGAACAAGACUCUGGACAAUCAGUGUCUGGUCAACGGGAGUCCACAGAUUCCAGGUCCAGGGGAAGACAGGGAGUAGGCAGCAGACAAGAACAGGACUCUUCCAGACAUGGACGGUCUGGGCAAAGCCAGUCCUCUGACUCUAGAUCAAGGGAAAGAGGGGAAUCAGGCAGGAGGCAAGAACGUGACUCUUCUAGGCAGGGAGAUUCUGGUCAAAGACAAUCCACGGGUUCUAGCUCAAGGCAAACAGAAGGAAGGGGCAGACAGGAACAAGACUCUGGACAAUCAGUGUCUGGUCAACGGGAGUCCACAGAUUCCAGGUCCAGGGGAAGACAGGGAGUAGGCAGUAGACAAGAACAAGACUCUUCCAGACAUGGACGGUCUGGGCAAAGCCAGUCCUCUGACUCUAGGUCAAGGGAAAGAGAGGAAUCAGGCAGGAGGCAAGAACGUGACUCUUCUAGGCAGGGAGUGUCUGGUCAAAGGCAAUCCACGGAUUCUAGCUCAAGGCAAAGAGAAGGAAGGGGCAGACAGGAACAAGACUCUGGACACUCAGUGUCUGGUCAACGGGAGUCCACAGAUUCCAGGUCCAGGGGAAGACAGGGAGUAGGCAGCAGACAAGAACAGGACUCUUCCAGACAUGGACGGUCUGGGCAAAGCCAGUCCUCUGACUCUAGGUCAAGGGAAAGAGAGGAAUCAGGCAGGAGGCAAGAACGUGACUCUUCUAGGCAGGGAGUGUCUGGUCAAAGGCAAUCCACGGAUUCUAGCUCAAGGCAAAGAGAAGGAAGGGGCAGACAGGAACAAGACUCUGGACACUCAGUGUCUGGUCAACGGGAGUCCACAGAUUCCAGGUCCAGGGGAAGACAGGGAGUAGGCAGCAGACAAGAACAGGACUCUUCCAGACAUGGACGGUCUGGGCAAAGCCAGUCCUCUGACUCUAGAUCAAGGGAAAGAGGGGAAUCAGGCAGGAGGCAAGAACGUGACUCUUCUAGGCAGGGAGUUUCUGGUCAAAGGCAAUCCACGGAUUCUAGCUCAAGGCGAAGAGAAGGAAGGGGCAGACAGGAACAAGACUCUGGACAAUCAGUGUCUGGUCAACGGGAGUCCACAGAUUCCAGGUCCAGGGGAAGACAGGGAGUAGGCAGCAGACAAGAACAGGACUCUUCCAGACAUGGACGGUCUGGGCAAAGCCAGUCCUCUGACUCUAGAUCAAGGGAAAGAGGGGAAUCAGGCAGGAGGCAAGAACGUGACUCUUCUAGGCAGGGAGUUUCUGGUCAAAGACAAUCCACGGGUUCUAGCUCAAGGCAAAGAGAAGGAAGGGGCAGACAGGAACAAGACUCUGGACAAUCAGUGUCUGGUCAACAGGAGUCCACAGAUUCCAGGUCCAGGGGAAGACAGGGAGUAGGCAGCAGACAGGAACAGGACUCUUCCAGACAUGGACGGUCUGGGCAAAGCCAGUCCUCUGACUCUAGAUCAAGGGAAAGAGGGGAAUCAGGCAGGAGGCAAGAACGUGACUCUUCUAGGCAGGGAGUUUCUGGUCAAAGACAAUCCACGGGUUCUAGCUCAAGGCAAAGAGAAGGAAGGGGCAGACAGGAACAAGACUCUGGACAAUCAGUGUCUGGUCAACGGGAGUCCACAGAUUCCAGGUCCAGGGGAAGACAGGGAGUAGGCAGCAGACAAGAACAGGACUCUUCCAGACAUGGACGGUCUGGGCAAAGCCAGUCCUCUGACUCUAGAUCAAGGGAAAGAGGGGAAUCAGGCAGGAGGCAAGAACGUGACUCUUCUAGGCAGGGAGUUUCUGGUCAAAGACAAUCCACGGGUUCUAGCUCAAGGCAAAGAGAAGGAAGGGGCAGACAGGAACAAGACUCUGGACAAUCAGUGUCUGGUCAACGGGAGUCCACAGAUUCCAGGUCCAGGGGAAGACAGGGAGUAGGCAGUAGACAAGAACAAGACUCUUCCAGACAUGGACGGUCUGGGCAAAGCCAGUCCUCUGACUCUAGGUCAAGGGAAAGAGAGGAAUCAGGCAGGAGGCAAGAACGUGACUCUUCUAGGCAUGGAGUGUCUGGUCAAAGACAAUCCACGGAUUCUAGCUCAAGGCAAAGAUCGGGAACUAGUAGACAAGACCAUGACUCUAGACAAUCAGUGUCUGGUCAUCGAGAGUCCACAGAUUCUAGGUCAAGAGGAAGACAGGGAGUAGGCAGCAGACAAGAACAGGAUGCUUCCAGACAUGGAAGGUCUGGACAAAGCCAGUCUUCUGACUCUAGGUCAAGGGAAAGAGAGGAAUCAGGCAGGAGGCAAGAACGUGACUCUUCUAGGCAGGGAGUGUCUGGUCAAAGACAAUCCACGGAUUCUAGCUCAAGGCAAAGAUCGGGAACUAGUAGACAAGACCAUGACUCUAGACAAUCAGUGUCUGGUCAACGGGAGUCCACAGAUUCCAGGACCAGGGGAAGACAGCGAGUAGGCAGCAGACAGGAACAGGACUCUUCCAGACAUGGACGGUCUGGGCAAAGCCAGUCCUCUGACUCUAGAUCAAGGGAAAGAGAGGAAUCAGGCAGGAGGCAAGAACGUGACUCUUCUAGGCAGGGAGUGUCUGGUCAAAGACAAUCCACGGAUUCUAGCUCAAGGCAAAGAUCGGGAACUAGUAGACAAGACCAUGACUCUAGACAAUCAGUGUCUGGUCAUCGAGAGUCCACAGAUUCUAGGUCAAGAGGAAGACAGGGAGUAGGCAGCAGACAAGAACAGGAUGCUUCCAGACAUGGAAGGUCUGGACAAAGCCAGUCUUCUGACUCUAGGUCAAGGGAAAGAGAGGAAUCAGGCAGGAGGCAAGAACGUGACUCUUCUAGGCAGGGAGUGUCUGGUCAAAGGCAAUCCACGGAUUCUAGCUCAAGGCAAAGAGAAGGAAGGGGCAGACAGGAACAAGACUCUGGACACUCAGUGUCUGGUCAACGGGAGUCCACAGAUUCCAGGUCCAGGGGAAGACAGGGAGUAGGCAGCAGACAAGAACAGGACUCUUCCAGACAUGGACGGUCUGGGCAAAGCCAGUCCUCUGACUCUAGAUCAAGGGAAAGAGGGGAAUCAGGCAGGAGGCAAGAACGUGACUCUUCUAGGCAGGGAGUUUCUGGUCAAAGACAAUCCACGGGUUCUAGCUCAAGGCAAAGAGAAGGAAGGGGCAGACAGGAACAAGACUCUGGACAAUCAGUGUCUGGUCAACGGGAGUCCACAGAUUCCAGGUCCAGGGGAAGACAGGGAGUAGGCAGCAGACAAGAACAGGACUCUUCCAGACAUGGACGGUCUGGGCAAAGCCAGUCCUCUGACUCUAGAUCAAGGGAAAGAGGGGAAUCAGGCAGGAGGCAAGAACGUGACUCUUCUAGGCAGGGAGAUUCUGGUCAAAGACAAUCCACGGGUUCUAGCUCAAGGCAAAGAGAAGGAAGGGGCAGACAGGAACAAGACUCUGGACAAUCAGUGUCUGGUCAACGGGAGUCCACAGAUUCCAGGUCCAGGGGAAGACAGGGAGUAGGCAGUAGACAAGAACAAGACUCUUCCAGACAUGGACGGUCUGGGCAAAGCCAGUCCUCUGACUCUAGGUCAAGGGAAAGAGAGGAAUCAGGCAGGAGGCAAGAACGUGACUCUUCUAGGCAUGGAGUGUCUGGUCAAAGACAAUCCACGGAUUCUAGCUCAAGGCAAAGAUCGGGAACUAGUAGACAAGACCAUGACUCUAGACAAUCAGUGUCUGGUCAUCGAGAGUCCACAGAUUCUAGGUCAAGAGGAAGACAGGGAGUAGGCAGCAGACAAGAACAGGAUGCUUCCAGACAUGGAAGGUCUGGACAAAGCCAGUCUUCUGACUCUAGGUCAAGGGAAAGAGAGGAAUCAGGCAGGAGGCAAGAACGUGACUCUUCUAGGCAGGGAGUGUCUGGUCAAAGGCAAUCCACGGAUUCUAGCUCAAGGCAAAGAGAAGGAAGGGGCAGACAGGAACAAGACUCUGGACACUCAGUGUCUGGUCAACGGGAGUCCACAGAUUCCAGGUCCAGGGGAAGACAGGGAGUAGGCAGCAGACAAGAACAGGACUCUUCCAGACAUGGACGGUCUGGGCAAAGCCAGUCCUCUGACUCUAGAUCAAGGGAAAGAGGGGAAUCAGGCAGGAGGCAAGAACGUGACUCUUCUAGGCAGGGAGUUUCUGGUCAAAGUCAAUCCACGGAUUCUAGCUCAAGGCAAAGAGAAGGAAGGAGCAGACAGGAACAAGACUCUGGACAAUCAGUGUCUGGUCAACGGGAGUCCACAGAUUCCAGGUCCAGGGGAAGACAGGGAGUAGGCAGCAGACAAGAACAGGACUCUUCCAGACAUGGACGGUCUGGGCAAAGCCAGUCCUCUGACUCUAGAUCAAGGGAAAGAGGGGAAUCAGGCAGGAGGCAAGAACGUGACUCUUCUAGGCAGGGAGUUUCUGGUCAAAGACAAUCCACGGGUUCUAGCUCAAGGCAAAGAGAAGGAAGGGGCAGACAGGAACAAGACUCUGGACAAUCAGUGUCUGGUCAACGGGAGUCCACAGAUUCCAGGUCCAGGGGAAGACAGGGAGUAGGCAGUAGACAAGAACAAGACUCUUCCAGACAUGGACGGUCUGGGCAAAGCCAGUCCUCUGACUCUAGGUCAAGGGAAAGAGAGGAAUCAGGCAGGAGGCAAGAACGUGACUCUUCUAGGCAUGGAGUGUCUGGUCAAAGACAAUCCACGGAUUCUAGCUCAAGGCAAAGAUCGGGAACUAGUAGACAAGACCAUGACUCUAGACAAUCAGUGUCUGGUCAUCGAGAGUCCACAGAUUCUAGGUCAAGAGGAAGACAGGGAGUAGGCAGCAGACAAGAACAGGAUGCUUCCAGACAUGGAAGGUCUGGACAAAGCCAGUCUUCUGACUCUAGGUCAAGGGAAAGAGAGGAAUCAGGCAGGAGGCAAGAACGUGACUCUUCUAGGCAGGGAGUGUCUGGUCAAAGACAAUCCACGGAUUCUAGCUCAAGGCAAAGAUCGGGAACUAGUAGACAAGACCAUGACUCUAGACAAUCAGUGUCUGGUCAACGGGAGUCCACAGAUUCCAGGACCAGGGGAAGACAGCGAGUAGGCAGCAGACAGGAACAGGACUCUUCCAGACAUGGACGGUCUGGGCAAAGCCAGUCCUCUGACUCUAGAUCAAGGGAAAGAGAGGAAUCAGGCAGGAGGCAAGAACGUGACUCUUCUAGGCAGGGAGUGUCUGGUCAAAGACAAUCCACGGAUUCUAGCUCAAGGCAAAGAUCGGGAACUAGUAGACAAGACCAUGACUCUAGACAAUCAGUGUCUGGUCAUCGAGAGUCCACAGAUUCUAGGUCAAGAGGAAGACAGGGAGUAGGCAGCAGACAAGAACAGGAUGCUUCCAGACAUGGAAGGUCUGGACAAAGCCAGUCUUCUGACUCUAGGUCAAGGGAAAGAGAGGAAUCAGGCAGGAGGCAAGAACGUGACUCUUCUAGGCAGGGAGUGUCUGGUCAAAGACAAUCCACGGAUUCUAGCUCAAGGCGAAGAGAAGGAAGGGGAAGACAGGAACAAGACUCUGGGCACUCAGUGUCUGGUCAACGGGAGUCCACAGAUUCCAGGUCCAGGGGAAGACAGGGAGUAGGCAGCAGACAAGAACAGGACUCUUCCAGACAUGGACGGUCUGGGCAAAGCCAGUCCUCUGACUCUAGGUCAAGGGAAAGAGAGGAAUCAGGCAGGAGGCAAGAACGUGACUCUUCUAGGCAGGGAGUGUCUGGUCAAAGGCAAUCCACGGAUUCUAGCUCAAGGCGAAGAGAAGGAAGGGGAAGACAGGAACAAGACUCUGGACACUCUGUGUCUGGUCAACGGGAGUCCACAGAUUCCAGGUCCAGGGGAAGACAGGGAGUAGGCAGUAGACAAGAACAAGACUCUUCCAGACAUGGACGGUCUGGGCAAAGCCAGUCCUCUGACUCUAGGUCAAGGGAAAGAGAGGAAUCAGGCAGGAGGCAAGAACGUGACUCUUCUAGGCAGGGAGUGUCUGGUCAAAGACAAUCCACGGAUUCUAGCUCAAGGCAAAGAUCGGGAACUAGUAGACAAGACCAUGACUCUAGACAAUCAGUGUCUGGUCAUCGAGAGUCCACAGAUUCUAGGUCAAGAGGAAGACAGGGAGUAGGCAGCAGACAAGAACAGGAUGCUUCCAGACAUGGACGGUCUGGGCAAAGCCAGUCCUCUGAUUCUAGGUCAAGCGAAAGAGAGGAAUCAGGCAGGAGGCAAGAACAUGACUCUUCUAGGCAUGGAGUGUCUGGUCAAAGACAAUCCACGGAUUCUAGCUCAAGGCAAAGAGAAGGAAGGGGAAGACAGCAACAAGACUCUGGAUACUCAACCUCUCAUCAUACCCAAUCACAGCAUAGUACAAUAAAGAACCCAUCCAGUGGUAGUUCCAGAGUCUCUGAUUCUUCUGUUAGUCAUUCUGUUAGUAGAAGGCUGCAAAGACAUGCUUCAGGUUCCCGAUGGAAACAUGGUAGCUAUGGCAGUGGACAAUAUGAUUAUGGCCAAACUGGCUUUGGACAUUCUGGGGCUAAUCAUGUGACUCUCAAUCUGUUUCCUGUGCAUGGAUAUUCAUCCUUAACAUUUGAUUAUACUGAUUCUGAUAACAGUACAGGAAAUCUUGUUUCCUCCAUGAAUCAUGAUGAACAAUGUGUUAACAGAUCUUAUUCUAUGCCCAGAUGUCAAAUUUCAAGCUCUGAUUACUCUAGUGAAGAGGAAGCAAUAUCAGAGAAUAGAAAAUCAGUGUCCUCUCCUAAAGAGUCCAAGUCUGUUCAUGGAAUGUCAACAUCCAGCCACAGACCAUCAGAAUUCCGAACAAGGAUAGAAAUAAGAGGAUCCAGCCCUGGGCAAUCUGGAAAUAGGCUAACAAGAAUUCCACAAAGACAAGAAUCAAGUCAAUACCAAUCAGAAGAUGAUCCUACUGAGACUAGAAGAAGUUCAGAAUACAGUCAGAGCCAAUCAGCGACAAUCCCUGAUCAGUCAGGUAAAUCUCGGAAUCACUCUAGGUCCAGAACAAGUAGAAGGCAUGGAUCUAGUCCUGCCCAAUCCAAUGAUAGCCCUAGGCAUUCAGGUUCCAGGCAUAGACAAACAAGUCAUGAGCAAUACAGUGAUAGAUCUGGCCAUUCUGAAUCUGGGUAUGAUAACACAGGAUAUACCACACACAAUAAUCACAGAUCCAAUUCAAACCAAUCUGCUGAUAGCUCAGACCAGGCAGGAACAAGAGAACUUGGGCGUAGGAAUCCAUCAGGUAGUAGAAUUACAAAGGAGAUUAUGAGAAACCAGUCAGAAACUAACUCCAGUGUUCCAAGAGACAGUGAGAGGCACAGACAAGAUAUUGUUGGUUCUCAGAGAUCAGAAGUCAUUGAUAUAAGGGAGAGAACCUACUCAGGCUCCUACUAUCCUUGUAGUAUCACUCCUCUCUAUGAGUACAUUCAGGAGCAAAGAUAUAAUUACUAUUACUGAAUAGCCAUCAAAAAACUAAAUGAAAUAUUAAGAAUAUAUGUGAACGAAGAAAUGAAAAGUCUCAACUAUACUAUUCUUCAGGAUGCUUAUUUCUAGGAACAGGGCUGUGUUUUCCUUUCUUUUCAACAAAAUUUUUCUGCUUCUUUGGUUUGGUAUGUUAGAUAUUUAUGAGGGUGCCACUGAAAUGAUAUAGUGUAUUUUAGUUCUUAGUGGUGAAUAAAAGAAUAAAAUUUGGGUGGCAAUAUUCAAUAUUAUUCAGAAGUUUAAUGUACUAAUUAAAUUCAACUCUCAAAUAAGAUUACAUUUUUGAAGUUUUUUCUUAACAUUUAACUGACUACUACAAAUGUGGAUCAUUACUCUCCAAGAAGUAACAAAAUCUGUCUCACCUACCUGUUGUCAAAGAUAAAGCUACAAUUCAGCAUCAGGUGCCAUAUUUAGAACCAUACAAUGAAGAAAGGAAAAGGAAACUAAGGACAGGGAUAGAACUUCAGCAAUUUCUUUGGAUCAUAUAUCAUCCAAAUACAAUUCCUGUAUCAUUUUUAAUAAGCAAACUGAAAAUUAAUAUGAAAAACUGGUACUGUCUCCGUUUAUUUUUAGACCUGAGUCUUUGAUGAAUGAGGACUGAGCCAUUUUUUUGUCCAAUGUUCCAAAAUCUAAACUCUAAUUUGAACUUAAAAAUAAAGAUACUGUUCUGUAAUCUGUUCUAAGCUUAGGGGAUUGGGAAUGUGGGGGGUUGUAGACUUCAAUUGUGAAUUCUGCAGAAUACCAUUUUUCUUUCUAAGUAAAAAAUAAAAUGCAAUUAAAAGGGGAGGGUGAAUAUAUUUGUUACUGCUAUGUGACCUAUAAUUGAUUGUAACAUGCUUGAGAUUAUUGGUUUUUCAGGGACAUUUGAUUCCAAAAUUAUAUUUAAUGAAAAUAAACAAUUGGUGAUCAAAA